AUUAUUAUAAGGUUAAAAUGAGUAUUUAUCCCACCUGCCGUGGAAGAAGGUGAGGAGAAUGGAAAAUCAAGAGACGAGAUCACCAUAUCAACGAACGAAAACAACGUAGACUGAGACAGCAAGUCUAAUUUCUAAAUAGAAAAACACCUCUAAGGAUUUAGGACACGAAAGGAAAGGGUAAAAAUUCGUCUUCUACUCCUCCUUUCCACAUAUUUCUUCUUUCGACUCUCUUUCCUUUCCUCUCAAUUUCUUCUGCUGUUGAAAAAAACUAUGAAUGAAAAUGGAGGGUUCAAAUUCAAUUCCUAAGCCUCAAAGCAACUUAGAUAUACCCUUUUCCAAUGCCUCACAAAUGGCUUCUCCUUCUCCUUCUCCUUCUUCUUCUCCUUCUCCUUCUCCUUCUUAUAUGCGUUUGAGUCCUGAGAACAACAAUUCUAAAAGACCUGGGAUACCUCCUUCACACCCCAACAACCCUACUGCUUCAUUGCCUUAUUCGCAACAGCUCAUUGGUUCUCGUCCCAAUGCUCAACAUGGAGCACCCAGUCAUUCUAGGUCUUUAUCUCAGCCCACCUUCUUCUCCCUUGAUAGAUUGCCGCCAUGGUGCCCUCCCCCUUAUCAAGAUCCUCCUGUCUCGUCUGCCUCAGAUCCUGCUUCAAAUGAUGUUUCUAUGGAAGAAAGGUUUGCCAAUUCUAAUGUUAGGUCCUCACUUCCUUCACCUGUUGCUGGAGGAUGUAAUGAAUUUCGCAUUGGCGAGAGUUCAAGUCUACCUCCGCGUAAAGGACAUAGGCGCUCUAGCAGCGAUGUUCCAUUAGGAUUUUCUACUAUGAUUCAGUCUUUGCCUCAAUCUAUUCCAAUAGGAAAUCCUGGUGUGUUGGAUAGGUCAGUUUCAGGUAGGGAUACCUCUUUUGGUGUAGGGAAACCGAUUCAGUUGGUGAAACGAGAAUCAGAAUGGAGAAAGGAUACUGGCAGUAAUUUAGAAGUGACCGGUGAGAGGAAAUCUGAGGUGGACGUUGCGGAUGACCUGUUCAAUGCGUACAUGAAUUUGGAAAAUCUUGAGACAUUGAACUCUUCUGGUACUGAGGACAGGGAUAUGGAUAGCAAAGCAAGUGGCACAAAGACAUAUGGAGGCGAAAGUAGUGACAAUGAAGUCGAUAGUAGAGUACAUAAACAUCCAAUCAAUAUACAGGGAAUGAGUUCUGGUGUUUCAAGUGAGAAGAGGGAAGGUGUCAAGAGGAGGGCUGCUGGAGAUAUUGCACCGACUGUUCGGCACUACAGAAGUGUUUCAAUGGACAGUUACAUGGGAAGUCUGCAAUUUGAUGAGGAUACACCAAAAAUUCCUCCUUCAGGAAAUCAUGGCAAUCAUCACUCUCCUGGUAGCUCAGGCGAUGCAAAUUCAAGUAAAUUCAACUUUGAGCUUGGGAGUAGUGAGUUCAAUGAAUCUGAGCUUAAAAAGAUCAUGGAAAAUGAGAAGCUGGCUGAGAUGGCAUCUGUAGAUCCAAAACGCGUCAAAAGGAUUUUGGCUAAUCGUCAAUCAGCUGCUCGUUCCAAGCAGCGGAAGAUGCAGUACAUCGCAGAACUGGAGCAAAAGGUGCAAACUUUGCAAACUGAGGCAACCACAUUAUCUGCACAGCUAACAAUGUUACAGAGAGAUUCUGCUGGGCUGACAAGCCAGAACAAUGAGCUAAAGUUUCGUCUUCAGGCCAUGGAGCAACAGGCCCAACUGAAAGAUGCACUAAAUGAAGCAUUAGCUGCUGAAGUCCAGCGACUGAAGCUCACUGCCGCAGAGUUCAGUGGAGAGGUUCAUCUUUCAAACUGUAUGGCUCAGCAACUUUCAAUUGAUCAUCAAAUGCUCCAAUUACAGCCUCAGCAACAGCAGCAGCUAAACAUUUAUCAGAUGCAGCAGCAACACCAACCUCAGCAGGGUCACGAUAACCAGUCACAGACCCAGCAACAAAAUGGUGAUGCUUCUGCUGCAAAUGAAUCCAAGUGAUGACCAGCGAAAUUCCAGCUUCAGUUUAUGUGCAGCCUUAUUUAUCAUAUCCAACUACAUUCAAAAUAACAGUGAUGGUUUAAGAGGUUUCUACAUAAAUUAGAUAUAUAUAUAUUAUUUAUUCUAGUAAACUUUAACCAUUUUUUGUUCAUUAGAUGCCUUGUCUUUGAUAAGGCAUUGAAGGGUUGAAGCUAAACUCAAGCUCUGUUUAUUCAUUUAUGGUAGGCACAAACAAUCUCAAGCAUUGUCUAUAUUUGAUGGUUAUAUUAUGCAUUCUCAGCUUGUAAGGAGUAAUGACUACAUAUUUUGCUAUGAAUAGAUCCACUUUCCUAGGGUUCUUCA